AUGUUUUGGAGUGGCCACUCAGCGGCUAACCAGCAACGGAGGUUAGCCACCUCAACUGUAAUUCGUCUUACGAUUGUUGAACCUUACGGCAACCAGGCUGUUGUGUGCAGACAUUGUAGAAAGUUUGAUAUCUUCGGAAUUCAAGGGUUUGGAUCGGCCAUGGAAUGGAUCUGCAAAAUUACAUUUUUUUCAACUAUUAUAUUCGACACUUUACCAGAGGGUAAUGUAAAUGAUUGGUUUAGUGCUCAAGAAAAUUGUCGAAAUCAAGGAAAACAACUCACGACCAAUUUAUCUGCAAGUGUAGACGAUUACUGGACAGGAAAGCACAAGAGAUAUUCCCAAAUGAUGAACAUUUUAGGUUGCUUUGAAGAUGAAAACUUUAUAUACAAUACUCUUCAAAUAUUUGACAUGAAGGAAGACGCUUCGAUAGGCUUAUGUCAAGAAUAUUGUAUGAAUAUGAAUUCAACUAUAUAUGCUGUAAAGAAUAAUGAAUGCCGAUGUCUUCAAAAUCCUAUCACAGCAGCCUCUCUGUCAGCAGGUAACUGUAAUUAUCGCUGUACAAAUGAAGAAGAUGAUAUCCUUUCCAAUGAAUGCGGAGGGAAUGGGACAUUCAAUGUCUUCUCAACAAUGGAAGUUGUUAAAUUCGAUGAUGAAAAGCAAUGUGUUGCACAUGCAUGCGAGGAUGAGACUUUGAAAGCCCGGGACUGUACGGAUAAGUUGAAAAUGCUCUGUAAUUCUACAGUAAUCACCCCUUCAAAAAAGAAAUGGAAAGAUUCACUUAAUGAAUGUAAAUCAUCGUAUGGAUUAUAUACAAUUGGGCAUAGAAAUUCGUCGAAUCUAAAUUUAAGAUGUCAGACAGCAGAAUCUGAGACACUGUGGAUUGGAGUUGUACGGGAAAAAUACGUUUCAAAGGAUACUGGACAUAAAAUCCAUGACAAGAAAUUGUACUUCCGAUGUCAAAAGUGCAAGAAAGAUGAUUGUGCAUACGAAAAAUGUUCCAAAGUUAUAAAAAGCGAUAUCAUUUGCUCCUCUGUGAAAACUUCCGAACAGGUAAGAAAAAAAGCAGUCUGCGUCACGCAAGCAGCCGUUGAUAAAGAGACCCAACAAUCAGCAGAGAAAGAUGAGUUUAUUUCAAAGCAAUGUCAGUAUCUAGGGAAGCAAUCUUCUUCGCGCAGUAUUGGUUCGGAGACGAAUGAAGAAAAUGCAGUCCCAAUAUAUACAGUCAGUGAUGAAAACUGUUAUGAUAAAUCUGACUGGAAAAUUGUGAGGAAGGAAGAAACUCCAGGUAACAUUUAUGACCAUGCACCUGGCAAAGAUAAAAGUGAAGAAUCUUUUUAUGACUCAACCACAGACACUCGUAUGAAGGAUGUCCUUGUAGAGGAUACAUACGAUAAAGUUCUACAAACUUAA